UUCACGAUCCACAUCAAUCUUUUGUCUUUUGAUUUUGCAGGCUGUCGAAGAUGCAUUCGUUCCAGUUAUCAAAUUUGAACUGGAUAAUAUUGAGAUUGAUCUUGUAUUUGCUAGGCUAGCUUUGCAAACCAUUCCAGACAAUUUGGACCUCCGUGAUGAUUCUCGUCUGAAAAACCUUGAUAUUCGAUGUAUACGAAGUUUGAAUGGUUGCAGAGUUACAGAUGAAAUUCUUCAUUUGGUGCCAAAUAAAGAGAAUUUCAGAUUAACACUUAGAGCCAUUAAACUGUGGGCAAAAAGACGUGGAAUAUACUCUAAUAUGCUUGGAUUCCUUGGCGGUGUUUCAUGGGCCAUGUUGGUAGCAAGAACCUGUCAGUUGUAUCCUAAUGCAGUUGCAUCUACUUUAGUCCACAAGUUUUUUCUAGUCUUUUCCAAAUGGGAGUGGCCAAACCCAGUAUUGCUUAAACAACCAGAGGAUAGCAACUUGAAUCUGCCAGUUUGGGACCCACGGGUAAAUCCAUCUGACAGAUAUCACUUGAUGCCAAUAAUAACCCCUGCCUACCCACAACAAAAUUCCACAUUCAAUGUGUCUUCGUCAACUCGAACAAUAAUGAUUGAAGAAUUCAAGCAAGGUCUUGCCAUUACUGAUGAAAUACUGCAAAGCAAGACAGACUGGUCUAAGCUCUUUGAACCACCAAGCUUCUUCCAAAAAUAUAAGCACUACAUUGUAUUAACAGCAAGUGCAUCCACUGAAGAUCAUCACUUAGAAUGGGUUGGCCUUGUUGAAUCAAAAAUCCGUGUACUUGUUGGCAACCUUGAGCGAAAUGACUACAUUAAUCUCGCCCAUGUAAACCCACAGUCUUUUCCAGGCUUAAAGGAACACAACAAUCUGGGUGAUUAUGUUACCAUCUGGUUUAUUGGAAUAAUUUUUAAGAAGGUGGAAAAUGCAGAAAGUGUAAACAUUGAUCUGACACAAGAUAUUCAGUUAUUCACUGAUACAGUGUAUAGACAAGCAAAUAACAUUAAUAUGCUGAAGGAGAAAAUGAGAAUUGAAGCUACACAUGUCAAGAAGAAGCAGCUCCAUCAGUAUUUGCCAGCUGAAAUUCUACAGAAAAAGAAGAAGCAAAGCAUACCUGACAUUAAUCGGAACUCUUCUGGAAAUGUUGGAAAUCUAAAUCGCACGUUUUUAGAAGGAAGUCCUUUGGACAGUUCUAGGGAUACUGAUGUUGGCACCCCUUUUGGUUCUCCUGCAUUGUUACAAAAAUCUUCCAAACCAAAUACUCAGGGAACAGAGGACUUGCAGAAGUAUGGUAUUUCACCUGGAAAAAAACAAGCUUCAGAUGUAACAAAACUAAUGCCCAAUGAGUGCGAUUCUCCAGAAAAGCAACUUGGCCAAGGAAAGUCUAGGCCUGUUAUUGGUGCAAAGAAUGAUCCUAUUUCCACUACAAACUCCACUCCUUCUCAAGCACUCUGUUCUAUUCCCACUGUUGUUGGGCGCAGUGUAAUUCCUCGUUUGACAUCUCCAUGUAGCCAGCCACUGCCAAAUGGGACCAAGUUAAGCCCAAGUCCAAACAGCUCUUCAUCGAAAAGGCCUCAUUCACCUACAUUGGAAGAAUCUCCAAAACGGCUUAAAGAUCUCCCCUUGAUGUGUACUAUUGAGCCAGAUGAUUGUGCUUUCAAACAACCUUAUUCAUCAAAUGAAGAGGACAUACUGAAAUCUCGGAAAGAUGGACAGGUAGUGGUAACUACAGCUGAAGGUUGACUGCAAGGGUCUUGUGUCUCACUGGUUAAAACAUAGCAUACACUUGCAUUUAAGACUAGAUUGCACAGCUUUACCGUAAACUGGUGAACCUGUCAGUAAAUAUUCAUUUUUCUAUAAUCCUGUA